AUGGCCAUCCGCGAGACUGGCACCGUCAAGACAUGGAAUGAGAAGGGAUUUGGAUUCAUCGAGCGCGAUGGCAUGGGCGACAGCAUCUUCGUCCACGCGCGUGACACCGCCGAUCGACAAGCACUGAUCCCUAGCUCCAAGGUCUCUUUCAUUUACGAGGCUGACGAGAAAGGCGGCAAGGCGAAAGAGGUAUCUAUCGAGGAGAUGGCAGAAGCUGUUGUAUCGGACGAAGGGCCAAGAGAGACAGGCACAAUCAAGCGCUGGAAUGCAGACAAGGGCUUCGGAUUCAUUGGACGCGCGAAUCGAGAGGCGGAUGCUUUCUUUCACAAGAGAUCAUUUAGUGGACACGACGAGCCCUACGUUGGACAAGCGAUCUCGUUCGUCUAUGGAGAAGGACUCAAGGGUGCAGUCGCUACUAAAGUCAAAGUCGAAGAGGGUGGGUCGGCUAUUCAGGAAGCUCCUGUUGAAGAUGAUGGAGAUCGGGAGAUGGGUACGGUGAAGCGCUGGAAUGUUGAGAAGGGUUUCGGCUUCAUUGGACGCGUGAGCGGAGAAGAGGACGCUUUUUUUCACAAAAAAUCCUUCGCCGGCAGCGACGAGCCAUAUGUCGGCCAAGCUGUCUCGUUCGUUUUCGAGGAAGGACCCAAGGGUGCAGCGGCAGUGAAAGUGAGGGAAGAAGAAGGCGGUGUCGCUAAGGAAGAAGAGGAAGAGGGGUGCCGAGAGAUGGGCAAGGUCAAGACGUACAAUGAGGAGAAAGGCUUCUCCUUUAUUGUCAGAUGCUUUGACGGCACCGAGAUCUUCGGCCACAAGCGCGAAUUCCCUCAGGACAUCGAGCCCUACAUUGGACAACCUGUCUCCUUCGUCUACGAGGUUACUGAAAAGGGCGGUACUGCCAAGAAGAUUCGUGAGGAGGAUAUCGUUCCAGAUAUUCCAUUUUCAGAUGAAGGCCGCGACUUCGGAACCAUCAAGAAUUUCAACGCCGAAAAAGGCUUCGGCUUCAUCGUUGCACGCAAAGGCGGCGAAGAGGUGCGGUUCUUUGAUAAAGCCCUCAACGACGUAGUGCCUGAGAAGAAUACCUGCGUCUCCUUUGUUCGGGAGGAAAGCGACAAGGGACCUCUCGCCAAAGAUCUACGCAAGGAGGACCCAGACCGCGUGGCGCGUGUGACGGCAAGAGUGCACUACGGCAAAGUAGUGAUCUACAAAGAUCCCCCAUCCAGCAAGCCCGACUCUGGCUACGGCUUCAUCGUUGAGCUCGAUCAGCUGACUGUCAAGAAGCCGAAGAAGCAUUACUUCCACAUGUGGGAGAUCGAGACUCCAGAUGACGCAGGGGGCAUAGACCCAGAGACCAUGGUCUCCUUCAUCAUCAUCCCCGCGAAGAAAGGCUUCCAAGCUGCCGCUGUUACUAUCGCUGAUCCUCCCAAGGAAGAGGAGACAGCCCAGGAGAAUGAAGCACCAUGGGGGACAGCGGCGGAGGAUAAUGAAACGCCAUUGGAGACAGCGAUGGAAGAGAUGCAUGUCAGUGAAGCCAGUGAGACCACCGCUGAUGCUACGAGGGGCGACUGA